UUCUCAGUGUGUGUUUCUAACUCAAAGUUGUUUUAUGACUGUCCGACAACAUCUAUUACAAUUUUCUAUUUUGCAAACCAAAGAAUUCAAUCAUUUGACACAGUUAUCAGUUAGCAAGUAUGAAAGAAAAAUUACUGAUACCAAAUUAGAUGGUGAAUUGUUGGAUAUGCAUAUUGCUGCUAAGCUGUACAAAAUAAAUAUUGCAUUAUAUGUAGAUGAUGCUCAACCUUUUGUUCCUCUAAUUAUUGAAACUCCAAACUCUACAAAAACUUUAAAUAUAUGUCUUAAUUAUGAAAAAACUUAUGAUCUAGUACUGAUCAAAGAAUCUGUUGUGAAUAUUUCAUUUUGUCAAGCUAUUGUGUAUGAAAUGUUGUAUAAUAAUGUUUUCGAGCUAUCUGGUGUAGAUUUUGCUGUGAAGGAAAUGUUGUUUGAAAGAAACUUACCAUCUUCUAGGUCUAAUGACCGAGUUACUUUGGAAAAAAGAGCUACUUUAACAGAUAUGAAAGAACUGCUUGAAUUAGGUAUCACUCCAUUUCCAUUUAAAGUCGCUAAAGCUUUGACACCAAAAUUGUAUCGAAACACGGAGUAUGAUAUUUGGUUGAAUAACAAAAAAGAAAAAUUUUAUGGUAGGUGGAAUAAUUGGGAGUUUAAAGAAGGAAGCAAGUGUAUGGUAUUAAUUGGCAACCAAGAGUAUCAUUGUUAUAUUCAACGUAUUCUUGGUAAAAAUGAACCUGUAGAAGUUUAUGUUAAGGAUUUAGCACAAAAAAUGUAUGUUGACUAUGAUAAGUUGAAAUUAAUUCCAGUUGAACAAGAUAUAAUAGAGACUCCUUUAAAUUUUGAUCAAAUUUCAUCAACUAUAGAUGAUGGUAAUAGUUAUAUUUGUCAAGUUGCUGAUACAUGUGAACCUCCAGUUCUAUUUAGCAACACAGGUUUUAUUCAGAGUCCAGCACCAGCAGUUCAUGGGGUUUUACCCGGACCAAUAUUUUCUAAUCCUUGUUAUGUUCAACCAUAUCAACAACAACCUGGUCUCCCAAUGACUUCUUUAAAUUUACCAAAUAGUGGAAAUGUGAUCCCUCCAUGGUAUAUGUCAACACCUCCGCCAAUUUUACAGAAUGAUUUUCGUCCUCAUAAAGAGAAAAUAGUAUUAUUAGAACCACCAUCCAAUUUGAAUAAAAAUUGUAUUAUAGCUCCUAAUCUUCUAACACCACCCAACUUCAUAGAUCUUCCAUCAAAUGCUACUGGACCACAUGUUCAACCAAUGUUUUCAUCUUGGUAUAAUGGCCACCAACCAAAUACUUCGUGUGGAUCUGAACAGUGUAAUAAUGGUAAAGAAAGUGGUGCGACCAUGGAUUAUAAUUUUGUGUAUCAACCUUGGUAUGGACCAGAGUUUGAUGUGACUACUGAUAAAUUGCAACAGUGAAUAAAUAGACUGAUAUUAUGUCAAAUUGACUGAAAUAGUUUAUUCAUGUGAUAAAAAAGUGUUAUUAUUUUAUUAAUUGUUAAAUCAUUUUCUUUUAAUUUUUAGAUAUUGUUACAAGAGCGUUAUUUUAGU